GCCUAAAGGGCGGUGGCCCCAGUGGUGGAAGCGGCGGUGGUGCUAACGGUACCUCCUUUAGCUACACAUUCCAUGGAGACCCUCAUGCCAUGUUUGCUGAGUUCUUCGGUGGCCGAAAUCCCUUUGACACCUUUUUUGGACAGCGGAACGGGGAAGAAGGCAUGGACAUUGAUGACCCGUUCUCUGGCUUCCCCAUGGGCAUGGGUGGCUUCACCAACAUGAACUUUGUCCGCUCCCGCCCUGCCCAAGAGCCCACCCGAAAGAAGCAAGACCCCCCUGUCACCCAUGACCUUAGGGUCUCCCUUGAAGAGAUCUACAGCGGCUGUACCAAGAAGAUGAAGAUCUCCCAUAAAAGGCUGAACCCCGAUGGGAAGAGCAUUCGCAACGAAGACAAAAUCUUGACCAUUGAAGUGAAACGGGGGUGGAAAGAAGGGACCAAAAUCACCUUCCCCAAGGAGGGAGACCAGACCUCUAACAACAUUCCAGCUGACAUCGUCUUUGUUUUAAAGGACAAGCCACACAAUAUCUUUAAGAGAGAUGGCUCUGAUGUCAUUUACCCAGCCAGGGUCACCCUCCGGGAGGCUCUGUGUGGCUGUACUGUGAAUGUCCCCACUCUGGACGGCAGGACCAUACCCAUCGUGUUCAAAGAUGUCAUCAGGCCUGGCAUGCGGCGAAAAGUUCCUGGAGAAGGCCUCCCUCUCCCGAAAACACCCGAGAAACGCGGGGACCUCGUUAUUGAGUUUGAAGUGAUCUUCCCCGAAAGGAUUCCCCAGACGUCAAGAACCAUACUUGAGCAGGUUCUUCCAAAAUAGCCACCUGUGUUCCCCAAGGACUGACCAGGGACCUUUCCAGAGCUCAAGGAUUUCUGGACCGUUCCACCAGUUGUGGACCCGUGAGAGGGCGGGAGGGCCCAGGGAGGGCUUUCGUACUGCUGAAUGUUUUCCAGAGAAUAUAUUACAAUCUUUCAAAGUCGUGCACUAGACUUCAGUGGUUUUUCGAGCCGAUAGGGCGGUAGGUGGUGGUGACAGCAGGAGAAGGCGUUCCAGCUUGCCCCACUGGGUUCUGCAGCCCUCCUGGGAUGGGCCCACCCCUCCUCCUCCAGGCCCUGCCCAGGGCCGAGAGGCAGCCCUGCAGCUGGACUUGAGCCCUCUGUCAUCCCUUUGCUUGCGGCCAUUAGGUGAUGGCAACCUGCCAUCCUGGUCACCACACCUUCCCUGAAUGCUCUUCAAUUUGUUGUGUGACCAAUUUGUGUUUCCUUCUGUAUUUGUCUCCCAUGUCUUGCUCUUCCUCUGAAGAAUCCCAUCUUUUACCAUCUCAAAUUGAGAACCUAGACUAUUUUUGCAGAAAGGCCUGGCCUGCACCCACAAGCAAUACCUCUCAUUCCAGCAGGACCAAGGGAGCCAGCCUCAGAGUGACUUGCACAGCCACCUCUCCCUCGAGAGUCAGGAGCCCUUUUCAACCUCAGGCUCCGAGGCCAAGUGUGCUCACUGAAGGGUCUUUUCCUUUAAGGCAAUCUUUGGCACACUGGGCCUUCCCAAUGGCCCGGGACAUGCUUUGUUUAAUGGACUCUGGACUCUUUCAAAAGGAUCUGAUCCUUUUGAAUUUUGCACAGCCCUAGAUAUAAUCCCUUUUGAUAAAAGGGUCUUUGCUCCUGAUUAUAGGAGCACUGUGGGACGUCUGUAAAUAUGUUUUUAUAAUUCCAUGUAAAGUUGGUGUACUUUCAAAUGAAACCAGUCCAUGGCAGCUGCUGCUCUCUGUACAGGCCCAUAAUGGGAAAGAAUGGGGGCGGGGGGGUGGGGGGGGGAGGAAAUGAGUAUCUGUUCCCUAUAGGCCAGUCUGGUGCUCAGACCUUUAGACUCAUUGUAAGUUGCCACUGCCAAUACAAGACCAAAGUGUGUGACUUGUCAAUGUGCAGCGUUAAAGACAGCAUUAAAGUCUGAUGCUAAACCUCA